AUGGAAAAUGAAAACAAAGAACUUAAAGAGAAAAUACAACAAAUGGAAACUAUUGUAUACCAACAAAGAAUUCAAUUAUUAGAAAUUGAAAAUGCAAAUUUAAAAAAAAAAUUGGUAAAGGAAAAAAAAGAAAGAUUAAUUUUAGAAAAUAAACUUAAAAAAAAAAAAGAUUUGUUUUUAAUAAUUUGGAGAAUAAAAAUUUUACGACAAGAAAUAAUAAAUCAUUUACGAUUGUACAAAAAGUAUCAAAAAUGUUCAUUAGAUGAUUAUAAUAAACAUUUUAAAAUGUUAUCAUAUGUCACAGAAAUAUCGCAUACACUUAAUGAUGCAAGAGUUUUUGAAUGCUUCAAACAACUUCCACCAACCAUUGACACACUUAGCAUAACUUCAAUUCAAGGUCACCUUGAUUUUCUCACCCACCACCACGUUGAUUUACAAGGAUUGCCACCAACUAUUAAAACAUUAAAACUUUAUUUUACCCAAUAUAACAUUGCUCAUCCUGCAUUUAGACCCGUUCCAAAUUUUUUCAAUCGUGGGUUCCUUCCAAAUACAAUUAAAAAUUUUUUUUUGGGUGGAGUUAUAAAAGGAAAUAUCCCAGCAAACUCAAUUCCCGAAUCUGUUGAAACUGUUAAAAACAAUAAUAAUAACAAUAAUAAUAUUAAUAGCGGCGGUGGUAACACUCCAAAUAAUAAUAAUGGUGGUACCACACCAAUCAUUGGUUUAAGUAGAAAACAAUCAAGUGGAAAUAAAACAUUAAAAUCAAAAAACAAUACAGUUUUUUCACCUCCAACUAGACUAUCAUCAUCAAUAUUUUUAGAUCAAAUAAAUAAAUUACAGUUAGAAUCCUUAGAAUAUGUUGAUCUUUCAGUACCAACUAAUAUAUAUAGUUUAUCAAGCUCACCAUUAAUAAAUAACCAAUAUCAAUCGCCUAUGUCUUCAUCGAAACACAAUCAUCACCAUCACUAUCGUCACCAUAGCAAUGGUAAUAAUCACCAUAGUCGUAAUCACCAUCAACCACAAUUACCUUUAAUAACUGAUAAUCAUACAAAACAAAAUCAAUUAUUCAUAUCAUCAAGAUCAAAUUUAAUUUCAGUGCAAUCCGAAGAAAACUUUGAAACAGGUUCAUUAUCUUGGAUAUCGAAUGAAAUUUUAUCAAAUUUUGAAUUGAACAAUGACACUGUUAAUAAUGAAUCAGUGUCAACACCACCCCCAUCAACUGUAGGUGGAAGUAACUCUCCAAAUUUAUCAUCACAACAACAAUCAUCAUCCACCAAUAGAAAUCCAUCAUCACCAUCCAAAACACCAAAUAACCCACCACCACCACCACAAAAUACUAAAGCAUUAGAAAACCAAAUAGUAUCGAUAGCGUCAAUAGUGGACAAUCAUUUAGAUACAGUUAUCGCUGCAACAAUUAUUACACCGUUAUUACAACAGCAGCAACAGCAACAACAACAACAGCCUCAACAACAAUCCCAACAACAGCAGCAACAACAGCCUCAACAACAAUCACAGCAACAGCAAUCACAACAACAAUCACAGCAACAGCAACCACAAUCACAACAGCAAUCACAGCCUCAAAGUAUUAAAGGUUACAUUGCAUUCUUUAUAAAUUCCCUUUUAGUUUAUGAUAGCAACAACAAUAAUAACAACAAUAAUAACAAUAAUAAUAAUAAUAACAAACCUAGCAACCCCAAAAGAAGAAGCAUUAAUUUAUCAAAUACCAACACAUUACAAGAUUUUCAAAUGUUUUCAAAAUUAUAUAUAGAAUAUAUACCGUUUCAUAUAACAACAUCCGUUAUUGAACUUGAAAAUGGUGUUAAAAAGAAUGUAUUUCUUUUGUCAGGAACUGAUGAAAAGAUUCACAUGUAUUAUUAUAGCGAAGAAAGAAAUGAAUUUAUAGAAAGUAGUGAACUAUCAAAAUAUUUCCCAGAGAUGGCAAAUCUAGGAUCAUGUGCACUAAAAAUAGAAAUAAAAUAUUUUAAACAAUUUAGAAUUGUGGCCAUAGGUUGUCAAACUGGCUUAAUAAAGCUUUCAAUUACAGAUGAAUUAACAAAAGAGUCCAAAUAUGAAUCAUUCUUUUUAGAUGGACCAGUUAAUACGUUAUGUAUUUUUAAUGAAAACAAUGAUUUAGAUAAUAAUAGCAACAUAAGCAACAAUAUCCUUUAUAGUAGUAAUAAUAAUUUUGACAUUGACACACAAUUAAAUAACGAGUCUAUAUUCUCAUUAAUAAACAAUAAUUUAAAUAAUACAAAUAAUACAGCAAACUCUAUAAAUGAAGAAAAAGAAAAAAAUAAAAUUCAUUUAUUGGUUGGAAGUAUGAUUGGAUAUGCAGUAGUUUAUAGAAAUAUAUUUAAUAAUUUAUUACAAGAUGCUUUAUUAUUAGAGAACUCAGAUUCAUUCGAUAGUGUUACAAGUGUCCACGUUUUUGAUAUAGAUGCCGAUGGUGAAAAUGAAUUAUUAAUUGGUACCUAUGGUAUGGAGUUAUUAGUUUAUAAGAAGCAACCUAUCGAAGAAGAAUUACAAAAUCAAGAUUUAAAUCAAGAAAUAAUAUCCUCUUCAACCAACUAUAAAUUAGAUAGUCACCGUCAUUUUUCUCAUCCAAUUUUAGGAAUACAAACUAUCCAGCUUAUGGGGGAUGGCAUUAAACAAAUAGUUAUCAACACAAUGUUUGGCGUUUAUAUUAUGAGAGUACCAAUAUCAAAAUAUCAAGAACAAGUUUUAAAUAAAUUAGAUUUGAUAAAAGAAAUUAUUAAAUUAGAAAAAGAAAAAAAUCCACAACUUACAGCACCCGUUACAAACCCAAAAGAUAUAAACCAAUCUCAACCACAAAAAAAUAAAAAUAAAAAUAAAAAUAAAAAAAAAUAA